AUGGCCGCCGUAACUUCUUCUUUCUCUUUCUCAACAGUCACUCAAUCUUCUCAAAGGAAACUCACCUUUUCUUCCACUCGCAUCCUUAGUUCCGAUUCAGAUGCAGUUCGCUUUCGUUUGAGCUUAGCGUCUCAAUAUGUUGGAAUUCGAACUUCCAAUUCCAUUUCCAGAAUGGUUGUUCGGUGCUCCUCUUCUGUGUCAGACCCUCCAACUGUUUCUGAGACAAAGUUAAAUUUUCUCAAGGCAUAUAAGCGACCAAUACCGAGUAUCUACAACUCCGUGCUUCAAGAGCUAAUUGUGCAGCAACAUCUGAUGAGAUACAAGAAGUCAUACCGCUAUGAUCCUGUAUUUGCACUUGGCUUUGUUACUGUAUAUGAUCAACUCAUGGAAGGGUAUCCUAGUGACGAGGACAGAGAUGCCAUCUUCCAAGCAUACAUUAAUGCAUUGAAGGAAGAUCCAGAACAAUACAGAGUAGAUGCACAGAAGUUGGAAGAGUGGGCUCGUGCUCAAAAUUCGACUUCCCUUAUUGAGUUUUCAUCCAGGGAAGGAGAAGUUGAGGGGAUUUUAAAGGAUAUUGCCGAAAGAGCAGGUGGAAAGGGGGAUUUCAGUUAUAGUCGUUUCUUUGCAGUAGGCCUUUUUCGCCUUCUUGAGUUGGCAAAUGCAAUGGAACCGACAAUUUUGGAAAAGCUUUGUGCGGCUUUGAAUAUCAACAAAAGAAGUGUGGAUCGGGACUUGGACGUGUAUCGAAAUCUGCUUUCUAAGUUGGUUCAAGCUAAAGAGCUGCUGAAGGAAUAUAUUGACAGGGAAAAGAAGAAAAGAGAAGAAAGGACUGAACCACAAAAGGCUAACGAGGCCAUUCCAAAAUGA